CAAGUCGAUUUGGGCGAUAUGGUAAAAAUCAAACAGGUAUUGGAUGAGACGGUGGCAUCAGCAAUCCUUGAAAAUAUUGCGGAAGAUUACGGGUGGGACAACUUUAAGCUCGGGAUUAUGGCGCUUAGUUGCGUUUUUGCGAUGAUUGCUCAGUUCGCUCCGAUCCCCUUUCCCGAGUCUCGACCCGUAUUGGGAGUUUGCGGAGCGCUUUAUUUUGCAUUGAGCGGAAUUCUGCAGUUUGUGACGACCUUUAUCGACAAGGAUUGUAUCCUCUGGACGAAACCGGCCGAUAUAAGCGCUAGUACCAAAAACAAGGACAUGCACCUGUACGGCCUGCGCAUUCGAUCGAAUCUGCCGCGAUUUUCUGAAUGGUACGAGGUUAUUUUGGAAUUUCAAAAGCCCAAGCAAGCUAGCGCCUCUCCUAUGGUCAAGCAUACAUGGAGUAUAGGACAAUUCUUCGACAAGGAAGGCUAUUUUGACGAGAUCGGUUUAUCACAGGAAAUUGAUAAGCUUUUCAAACGUUUUGAAGCAAAAGAUUACGAUAGCGCGGGGUCCGAUGAAAAGAAAAGGCAAUAA